AUGGCCGCCGGUCUUUGUGGACGAGAAGAAUACUCUUUGCAGACGCGUAGUACUGGUGAGUACCAAAUAGCCUACCGACAUCAGAGUGAGCGACGCUUGGCACCGAAGUGCAACACCAUUAACGUUUUGUAUGCCGAUCCUGGUGGAUUAGUAACAAAAUGUUGCUAUGGAAUUCCGCAAUGUUUCCACAGAUACCAUGCGUUACGAGAGACUGGUACACAAGCAGAGAUCGACAAUCAGCAACUGAUUGGUAUCCUGGGCGUAUCAUUCGACAUCGACAUACCAUAUCAUCGACAUCCUCCUCACCACAUUGCGAUGAAACACCUUCGGUCUAUGGCAGAAAGCGAUGUGCUUCUAUGUUCAGUUAACGUAGAAAUUCUUGCCUUUGCAACGUUUGUUUACCUAUGUUUUUUCUUCUUUUUCGCAUUCAAUCCGCAUCGUAGCACCGAUCUGGCUGAACUGUCUGCAAUCGUAGAAGAGGAAAUUGCACAGCUAUCAAUCCUCACCUCCAAAGCAGUCCAAUCAAUAAAGGCUGAGAAGCAGGUGAACGUCGCUCCUGCGGUGCUUCUGAUGAAGCGACCCGAGCAGUCCACCCAGGAGUCUCUGGAGGAGGUGCGCGGCCCGGGCGAGACGUGCAACUCGUGGCUGUGCCCACACAAUCGCCAUCAUCGAGAGUGA